CGGUCCAUCCAUCCAUUACAAUCACAGCCUUGCAAUUAAUUGUUUUAAUUUAUCACAGAUUAUCACAGAUUAUCACACGCUAUAAAACCUAUAGAAUAGACGCUAUGGUGCGACCCUGUUCCAGCUCAUCAUUAGACUGGAGGGCUGGCCAUGGUGGUCGGGAGAGUGAGUCUCCCCUUGACUCUGACUGCGCGCCUUUCAAUGGUUUCAACCCUUCGCACCAACAUGGGCAUCCAGUCCUGGCGAUCACAGGACUUACAAGCACGUGUACCAAUUCGACCAACCCGAGUUCGGUGCUUUCCAGUCGAAUGGACAUCCGCGGAUCGAACUUCCCACACAGCAAAGCGGCGAUCUAUAACAACAUGGAGGGGGACCAUCACAGAUUGCUUCGUGGAGAGCUUCUGAUCCUUCUUCGGGUGAUGCUGGGUCGGUUGAGGAAACGGCCUCUUCUGGAAUAUAUGAUUGCACCGGUCUUCAUGGUGUCCUUCAUGGGCAAACGUGCUCGUGCCAUUGAAGCGUACUACGAUGGGCAGCUCCUGAUUCUGAGGCGCACGGCCUUUUACAGUUUUCCGGCACAGAUUUCUCCUACUUUCAAGGAGCUGGGAGAGUGGUACUACGGCAAUCCAACGGGUAAUACCCUCUAGGAGCGGUUUCUUCUUUCUUUUUCUUCCUUUUCUUGGUUUUUGGUAGUGAUGGCGUCGUGAGAAUCUGGUGUCAAUGGAUUUCUUCUCGGGGAAUUUGGGGUUGGAUGGAACUUUCGCAAUGCGGCGCAGGCGCCUGCAUAUUUUCCAUGGUUCGACCUAGCUCUAUCAAAGCGAC